UUGUAUCAGCAUGAAUUAAUCAGUUUGAUGGCCUAGUAGAAGAUGAUGACCCAGAGCCUGUUGGUCCUUUUUCUGUGGUACCGUUUCCUGGAUGGUAGCAGCAGGAACAGUUUGUGGUUGUGGUGAAUUUGGUCCCCAAUAUCCUUUGGGCCUUUUGACACACUUGUCCCUGUAAAUGUCCUGAAUAGUGGAAAGUUCACAUCUACAGAUGCGCUGGGGUGUCUGCACCACUCUCUGCAGUUUCCUGCGAUUAAUGGAAGCACAGUUCCCAUACCAGGCAGUGAUGCAGCCAGACAGCAUGCUCUCAAUUGUGUCCCUGUAGAACGUCCUUAGGAUUUUGGGUCCCCGUCCCCAACUUCUUCAACCAUCUGAGGUGAAAGAGGUGCUGCUGUGCUCUUUUCACAACACAGCCAGUAUGUACAGACAAUGUGAGAUCCUUGGUGAUGUUUAUGCUGACAAAUUUAAAGCUGUUCACCUUCUUAACCCCAGAUCGAUUGAUGUCAACAGGAGUUAGCCUGUCUCCAUUCCUCCUGUAAUCCACAAUCAGCUCCUUUGUUUAUGUGACAAUGAGGGAGAGUUUGUUUUCUUGACACCAGUCAGAUGUUGUUCAGACCUCAGAUAGAGUCAGCAAUCAAAUGGUUGAGCAUGGUGUGAUGAAUGUGCUGAGCUGUGUAUAUCACAAUGCAAGAAGCAUCGUAGGAAAGCCAGAUGAGCUCAGGACAGGGAAUUAUGAUACUGGAGCCAUUAUUGGAAUUUGGUUGCUCCCAACAAUCUGAGGGAUUUAGAGGAACAACAUUGUAGAGAGAUUGCAGACCAUGCCAAUAAACAAAGGUUGAUUCAGUAAGUGAUUCUAACUUUACAUAUAUAGACUGGACUCCCAUACUGUAAAAGGACUAGAUGGGGUAAAGUUUGUCAAAUGUGCCCUUAAUCAGUAUGUGGAAUUUCUGAUAUAGAAGUGUACAAUAAGCUGUUAGGAAAUGAUCCAGGGCUGGUGACAGAAUUUGUGAUCAUAAUGCCAUGAAAUUCAAAGUAAAUAUGGAAAAAGAGAGGUCUGGACCACGGGUUGAGAUUCUAAAUUGGAGAAAGGUCAAUUUUGAUGGUAUCAGAAGCAUCUGACAAGUGUGGUUUGGAACAGGCUCAUUCCUGGCAACACAGUUCUUGUAAGUGGAAGGCCUUCAGAAGUAAAAUUUUGAGGGUGUAGGGUUUGUAUGUGCCUGCCAAAAUAAAAGUUGAAAAGUUACAGGUGCAGGGAACCUUGCUUUUCAAGAGAUAUUGAGGCCCCGGAUAUUUUGUUCCUCCAAAUGCCUCAGACUGUUGGGUGCUACCCGGACCCAUUAAUGAUGACAAUAUCAGGACUCCACACCCUGAGCUCAUGUGGCUUUUUUUUAAAGUUGUCUGCUGUUGGUUUCUAAAAGCUUCCCAAUAGUCUUUGCUCUUUUGUUUGCCCACUCUUUGGCUUUUAUGUUGGCUUUGGCUUCUCAUUUCAGUCACGGAUAUGUCCUCCUGCCUUUCCAAUGCUUCCACUUCUUUGGGAUGUAUCGAUCACUCAGCUCCCAAAUUGCUCCAGAAUCUCCAGCCAUUGCUGCUCCGUUGUCACUCCUUCCUUUUCCCUUCCAAACAAGUUUGGCCAGCAUCUCUGUCACAGAAACAUGGAGAAGUUCAGUCCAGAAACAGGAUAUUUGGCCCAUCUAGACAAUGCCAAAAAACAUUUAAGCGGUCUAAUGCAAAUACCUGCACCGGGACCAUCACCCUCCAUACUCCUACCACCCAGGGUCCCAUCCAAACUUCCUUUAACUGGUGAAACUGAGCUGAUUUUCACUACUUAUAUUCAUCUCAUUCCACACUGUCAUGACCAGUGAAGAGCUUUUCCACAUGUUCCCAUUAAAUUUUCACCUUCCCCACUUACCCAUGACCUCUGGUUGUCAUCCCACACAACCUCAGUGGAAAAAGCUGCUUGCAUUUAUCCUAUCUAUACCCUCAUACUGUUGUGUACUUCUAAGAAAUCCUCAAACCAGUGUACUCUUUCCUUGUUUAUGUUUCGAGCCAUUUUCAGGUGUAUAAGAUGAUGAGGGGCAUUGAUCGUGUGGAUAGCCAGAGUAUUUUUUUUCCCCCAGGUCUGAAAUGGCUAACACGAGAGGACAUAGUUUUAAGGUGCUUGGAAAUAGAUACCGAGGGGAUGUCAGAGGUUACAAAUGACAAGAAAUUUGUUUACUGAAAUCUGGAAUACAGUUUUGCUGUCUCAGUCCAGAUAUUUAAGAAAUGGAUCAAGGGAUUCACUCGAUCAUCCUUCCUGCUCAGACAGUGGGGAGGGAUUCACUCGAUCAUCCUUUCUGCUCAGACUGUGGGGAGGGAUUCACUCGAUCAUCUGAACGACUGGCAUGUCCAUCAUUCUAAUCAGGGGGGAAACCAUUCACCUGCUCAGACAGUGGGAAUGGAUUCAGUCGGUCAUUUCAACUGAAUGUAUAUCAGCAAGUUUACACUGGCAAGGCCAUUCACCUGUGCUGUGUGUGGACACUCCGGUCAGUUCACACUGGGCAGAGGCUGGUCCUCUGCUGAAUUUGUGGUGUAAGGAUUCACUCGGUCAUCUGUCCGAAUGGCUCACAAGCGAGGUCUCCCCGGGGAGCGGCCGUUUACCUGUUCGGACUGUGGGAAGGGAUUCACUCAGUCAUCUGAACUGAAGGUACAUCAGAGAGUUCACACUGGGGAGAGGCCAUUCACCUGCUCAUACUGUGGGAAGGGAUUCACCACAUCAUCUCACCUACUGAUUCACCAGUCAGUUCACACUGCAGUGAGAGAUUUCACCUGCUCAGUCUGUGGGAAGACAUUCACUCGGUCAUCUAACCUACAGAGACACCAGCAAGUUCACACUGGGGAGAGGCUGUUCACCUGCUCAGACUGUGGGAAAGGAUUCACUCGAUCAUUCAACCUACAGAGUCACCAGCGAGUUCACACUGGGGAGUGGCUGUUCACUUGCUCAGACUGUGGGAAGGGAUUCAGUCAGGCAUCUCACCUACAGAGACACCAGUCAGUUCACACUGGGGAGAAGCCAUUCACCUGCUCAUUCUGUGGGAAGACAUUUACUCAGUCAUCCAACCUACAGACACACCAGCGAGUUCACACUGGGGAGAAGCCGUUCAUUUGCUCAGACUGUGGAAAGGGAUUCACACAGUUAGGUAGCCUACAAGCACACCAGUUAGUUCACACUGGGGAGCGGCCAUUCACCUGUUCAGACUGUGGGAAGAGAUUCACCACAUCAUCUCACCUGGUGACUCACCAGUCAGUUCACACUGCAGUGAGGGAUUUCAUCUGUUCAGUCUGUGGGAAGACAUUCACUCAGUCAUCUAACCUACAGAGACACCAGCAAGUUCACACUGGGGAGAAGCUGUUCACCUGCCCAGACUGUGGGAAAGGAUUCACUCGAUCAUUCAACCUACAGAGUCACCAGCGAGUUCACACUGGGGAGAGGCUGUUCACCUGCUCAGACUGUGGGAAGGGAUUCACUCAGGCAUCUCACCUACGGAGACACCAGUCAGUUCACACUGGGGAGAAGCUAUUCACCUGCUCAGUCUGUGGAAAGUCAUUCACUCAGUCAUCCAACCUACAGACACACCAGCGAGUUCACACUGGGAAGAGGCCAUUCACCUGCUCAGACUGUGGGAAGGGAUUCACCACAUCAUCUCACCUAGUGACACACCAGUCAGUUCACACUGCAGAGAGGGAUUUCACCCUCUCAGAUAGUGAGAAGGGAUUCACUCAGUCAUCUGAUCUGCUGGCACACCAGUGAGAUCCACUGGGGAAAGGCCGUCGACCUGUGAAUGUGGGAAGGCAUUCACAUGAUCAUCUCAUCUAUUAGAACACCAGUGAGUUCACACCACGUCUGCUCAGACUUUGGGGAGAGAUUCUCUCAACCGUCUCCACCAAGGCUGCAUCAUUAUGUUCCACUGGGGAGGGGCCAUUCACCUGUUGUGAAUAUGGGAAGGGAUUCAUUCAAUAAUCUAACCUUGUAACACACGACCGGGUUCACAUUGGGGAGAAAGUUUCAAUAAGCUGCAGGAUGAAUGCAUCCCCAUUGCUGAAUGCAAUUUCGAGAGUGACAGGCGGAGUCUAGUACAAGAGGGCAUGACUUGUGGUUUGCAGGACACCCAUUCAGAACAGAGAAUCAGAGAAUUUUUUUUUGUCAGAGGGUGAUGGAUCUGUGGAAUUUGUUGCCACGGGCAGCAGUGGAGGCCAAGUCAUUGGGUGUGUUUAAUGCAGAGAUUGAUAGGUAUCUGAGUAGUCAGGGCAUCCAAGGUGAUAGUGAGAAGGUGGGGGAAUGGGACUGAAGGGCAGAUUGGAUCCACUCAUGAUGAAAUUGUGUAGCAGACUCGAUGGGCUGAAUGGCCGACUCUGCUCCUUUGUCUUAUGGUCUAAUGUGAUUAUUUUUUCUCAUGUGCGUUAUUCCUCUUCCUCCUUCUGUCCAAGGAAGUGUUAAUCUAGGUGGGUUUGAGUGUAAGUAGUCUUUUCUAAACUUGUCAUUUCUGUUCUUACUUAUCUUUGUAAAUUUUACUGAGUGAAAUGGGACUAAGAUAUUUUCAUUAAAAAAAGUCAAUGUCGGUAUUGAUGGAAGUGUUUAUUGCCUUUGUUGUAUUUGUUGAGCAUAGAGCUCUGUUCCACAGUUUUUUAAAGCCUUGAAAUAAAUUUUGUCAAAGGUUUUCCCAA